AUGAUGAAAUAUUUCCAAAAAGAAGGACUAUCAUCUUUAUCGUUGACACAGAAAAGAUCUUUUCUAGUUGAAAAAGAUAUUAAAACUAGGAAGAUAUUUAUUACAAAGGAAAACUUUAAACAUAUUUUCAUACUAGAAAAUGUUGAUAUUAUUGCCGGCUUGUGUUUUAUGAACAUAUUUCUUUUUAUAUGUUCAGGUUUAAAAGAAGAUGAAAAUCAAGGAAAUAUUACCACAAAUAUUCAUGGAACUUUAUUUAUUAUAAGUUUAAUUUGUUAUUCUAUUGAAAAAAUUAUUCCAUUUUCAUUUUGUUCAGAUUUUUUAUUUAUCUUUCUUCUUUCUUUAUCAUGUACAUUACCAUUUUUAUCAUUUGAAUUAAAAAAUAAUUAUAAUGAUUGUUUUAAUACUAUUGUUUUUUUCCCUUUAUAUAUCUUAUUGUUUUUUACUAGAUACCAUAUAAGAUUAUUAUUCGUUUUAUUAAUAUUUUAUAUACUUAUCAUAUUUAUUAUAGACUUAUCCAUUAAUACAAGCAUAAUUUACUCAUAUAUACUCAUGUUCCUUCUUUUUACUCUAUGUUUCAAUUUUAUUUUCUAUCGUUAUUUAUAUUAUUUCUCUAGAACUAUUUAUAUAUCCACAUCCUCUCCUAAUAAUAUGUUAUUAAUAUUCCCUUAUAUUAAUGAAAUACAAGAUUUAAGCUUCAUAAAAAUGGCUGAUAUUCUAUUAGACUUAAAUAAUUAUAUACAUAUGAAAUGGAUGUACUUUACACAACAUCUAUCAACUAUCAAUUUAAAUAAUCCACAACAUAUAAAAAAUUUGAAAAUUACUUCCACCAGAUUCUCAAACAAAUUUUAUACACUCAAAAAUCAAGAUAUCUUCAAAAAUUAUCCACCAUAUUUCUGUCUAAAAGUUCUCUAUCAUAAAAAAUUACAUCUUAUCUCCUCAGCUAUUGAUAAAAAAAAAAAAAAAUGGACCAAAAUGAAUUUCAACAGAAAAAAAAUCAACUUGUGCUUCUUGCUAGAUAUCAUUAAUAUACAUAAUCAAUAUGAUAUAAAAAAUAUAAAUCAUAUUAUAGCUAGCCAAAAUAAUAAAGUUAGAAAUAAAAAUAUUAACAUGACUAGCCAAACAAAAAAAAUUAUAAAUAAAAAUAUUAACAUGACUCACCAAAAUGAUGAUACAAAAAAUAUAAAUAUUAACAUGACUCACCAAAAUGAUGAUACAACAAAUAAAAAUAUUAACAUGACUCACCAAAAUGAUGAUACAACAAAUAAAAAUAUUAACAUGACUCACCAAAGUGAUGAUACAAUAAAUAAAAAUAUUUACCUGUCUAUCCAAAAUAAUAACAUUAAAGAGGAAGAAAAAAUAAACAGAAGGAAUGAUAAACGUAUCAAACGUAUCAAACGUAGCAAACAUAUAAGCAGAAAUAAUCAAAAGAAUAGGACCCUAUUUGUAGAAAAUAACAAUAAUAAUAAUAAUAAGAUGAAGAAGAAGAAAAAAAACACAAAAAGAGAACAGAUAAUGACACAAUCUGAAUAUGACACAUUUCAUCAAAUCAAUUCGACCAAAAUAAAAAGCGAAUAUAAACAAUAUAUUAAAAAUGAUGAAAUGGAUGGAGUUUCAAACAAAAUAUAUAUUGUAAAUGAUUUCUUCUCUUCAUACAACUGUGAUCAUUCUACCAAGGAAAAAACUAAGAUUAAUAGUAUAAAAACCAAAAAUAAGAAAAAAAUAAAGGAUAAUUUUUUCAAAACUAAUCCUAUAUCCAAAGAUAAAUAUGAAACAAAUUUUGAGUCAAAUUAUGUGAACAAUCUAACUAGUCAUAAUAAAAGCAAUAUGAAAGAAAAGAAAUUAAAAAUAGAUCAACUUUAUGGAAAUAAUUUAAAAGAAAAAAUUACCCUAGAUGUUGAUAAAUAUAGUCAAAAGAAGAAAUGCCAUAAAAUCAUUAACACACAUAAAAAAAAUAUAAUAACAGACAAAAUAUAUACAUUUGGAAAUAUAAAUGAUGAUCAAAAAGGUGAUAAUAUUUCUGUUCAUAAAAAAAAAAAUAAAAAGUAUAUCACCUUAUCAAAACAUGGUUUACCAUUCAACAUAGAAGAGAAUAAUAUGGAGGAAGAAUUAAACAUACAAUUUAAUCAAUCUAAUAAAAAGACAAAUAAUAUAAAAGAAAAAUGUUAUGAUAUAAAUAAUUAUGAUUACAAUUAUACAUUUAAAGAAAAUUAUAAUGAUACCAAUAAUAGCCAAAAAUUACAAAAAAAAAAUAAUACAAAAGAUAUUUUUGCGAAUAUUACAAAAAAUAAAAAUAAGAAAAAAAAUGUAGAUCAUAGUAUAUAUUCUGAUGAUCAUAUAUUCAAUAAUUUAUAUAAUAUAGAUAAUAUGUUGUCUUAUAAAAAUAUUCUAACAAAUAGAAAAAGAACACGAACUAUAACCAAUUCGGAUCUGUAUUCAUCAGAAACAUCAUAUACUCAAUCUGAUGAAAUAUAUGGAAAAAAUAUUUUUUUCAUAAACUUUUCUUGUUUAUUUUAUAUAUUCAUGCAAAAAAUAAAACAUCUUAUAAAAUAUAUUGAAGAAAUAAAUUCAGUUGUCCAAUGUGUUAAUUUUAAACAAGGGAUAGGACCAAAAAGAAGUAUACUCUUAUCUUUUCUUGAUCAAAAAACUGAACGAUAUUAUAUUAUGUGGUCAAAUUCAUAUGAUUUAGUAUAUUAUGUUGAUAAUUAUAUAUAUCAUAUAAUUUUAAUUCUGACUUUUCAUCUUUUUUCUCUCUUUUUAAGAAUAGUGCCCAUACACAUUACUCAAACAUAUUUUUUAUUUAAAAUGAAAUCCUUUUUAAUAAUCUUUAUGUUCAGAUUUUUCCUUUCUCUAGUAAUUAUCUUGAUUUUUAUAUAUCCUGUAUUCAGGACUAUCUCAAUUAACCCUCGAAAUGUUUUCAAAAUAAAAAUGAACUUUUUUAUCAUUUCCAUAUUUAUAUUAUUUUUGAGCAUAUUUGAUUAUAUCUGGACAAUAUUUAUUAUUCAUAAAAAUUGGUGGACCAUAAAAAAAGAGUCAUUACAUAGUCUGGAAGGUGUUUAUAAAAAUAUCCUUUUUUCAUAUUCCCAAUUUUUUGUUGUGUUUCCUAUAUAUUAUUUUCUUACUCUACACAGAUUAAAAAAUGUGUGGUAUAUAUAUAUCAUUUUCAUUUUUUCUAUAUAUAUAAUAUAUUGGCAUUAUAUCGGGGUCUUCCUACUAGGUUUAAAAUUGAAUAUGUCUUUAAUUGUUCUACUAAUCAUAUCUAUAUUAUUUAUUAUCAGACCAUUCGAAAUAGUAAAACGAGAUAUAUUUUCAAAGUGUGUAUUACCCUAUAUAUUAUUUCUUGAUGAUAUAUUGCACUUCCUUUCUGAUGAGAAGAAACUCACAUAUGUGACAACAAAUAUAUAG